GCACCAGUAGCCGCUGCAGCCCCUGCCUUGAGUGCGCAGCUGUCCAGCCAGCUUGAACGCUCCCCACAGCCACCACUGCCCUUAAGUAUGGCCAACAGGGGACCUGCAUAUGGCCUGAGCCGGGAGGUACAGCAGAAGAUUGAGAAACAGUAUGAUAUGGACCUGGAGCAGAUCCUGAUCCAGUGGAUCACCACCCAGUGCCGAAAGGAUGUGGGCCGGCCCCAGCCUGGGCGUGAGAACUUCCAGAACUGGCUCAAGGAUGGCACGGUGCUGUGUGAGCUCAUUAAUGGCCUGUACCCCGAGGGGCAGGCCCCGGUAAAGAAGAUCCAGGCCUCCAGCAUGGCCUUCAAGCAGAUGGAGCAGAUCUCUCAGUUCCUGCAAGCAGCUGAGCGCUAUGGCAUCAACACGACUGACAUCUUCCAAACUGUGGACCUCUGGGAAGGAAAGAACAUGGCCUGUGUGCAGCGGACGCUGAUGAACCUGGGUGGGCUGGCAGUGGCCCGGGGUGAUGGGCUCUUCUCUGGGGAUCCCAACUGGUUUCCUAAGAAAUCCAAGGAGAACCCUCGGAACUUCUCGGACAACCAACUGCAAGAGGGCAAGAACGUGAUUGGGUUACAGAUGGGCACCAAUCGCGGGGCAUCUCAGGCAGGCAUGACUGGCUACGGGAUGCCACGCCAGAUCCUCUGAUCCUGCCCCGACCCCUGCCCUUCUGUGAAUGGUUAAUAUAUAUGUGUAUAUAUAUUUUAGCAACAACAUUCCCUGAGAGCCUCCAGAACUCUCGAGCUUCCCUCUGCCAGGGUGGGCAUCCAGCCUGUCCUGUCACUUCUGGGGGAGCCUGAUGGUGGCCUCUCCCCCUGUGCUUAACUAAUACAUUCCCUUCCCCACACCCAACAAAACUGGACCAACUGGCUUCUUCUUUUUCCCCGGGACCAAAAUUGGGGGGCCUUAGCCCCCCUGCCAUGCCUCUUCUCUUUCCCCUGGCCUCUUCUGCCCCUGGCCUCCAUGCCCUCUGUCCAUUCCUUGGCUGGGAGUCAGGGAUGCUGCCUUCUGGCCUCAUUUUCUCGAGUAUGCCUCUCCCGCAGCUGUGACUGCAGGGACUUAAUUUAUAGGGAGGGGCUUGUGGUGAAUGCCACCCCAGCCACAGCUGGACUGCGCUCACCACACAUCUGGGGCAGCAUUCCCGGGCAGAGGCUCCCUCGGCUUCUCUUUUUCCAUUCCCCUCACUGUGGCUAAGGGGCGGGGGGAGAGGACAAAGGAGGGAGGGCUGCCCACCGUGGUCUAGGGCUUGACGAAUAUGAGUUUGCUGAUUUAAAUAAAGAAUCCUAGUCUUUUUUGGAUGGA